CUGUUCUGUCUCAGAAUCAAAAAACACUGAAGAAGAGAUAGAAAAAAUGGAAUCUUUAGAAUCGACUCGCUUCUGCUCUAAAACUCUUCUUCUCCUUCUCAUUUCCCUUAUCUGUUCCCCACUCCCUUCAAGCUUAGCUCAACAACAACAACAUGAAUCAAACCCAACGAUUAGAACAAUGGAGGAUUUCUCCGGAUACCCAAUUCACGAACCGGGUCAAUUCGGCUCCAUCAUCAACCUCGCUUCUUCACUCUCCGUUGAUGCUCCAGGACUUCAAAAACAGAUAGAUGAACUGUCUAGUUUCUCUGAUGCUCCUUCUCCAUCAGUCACAAGAGUUCUCUACACUGACAAAGAUGUCUUGGCACGAAGGUAUGUGAAGAAUCUGAUGACACUUGCUGGACUCUCUGUAAGAGAGGAUGCUGUUGGUAACAUAUUUGGCAAAUGGGAUGGUUCAGAGCCAAAUCUUCCUGCUGUAGCCACUGGUUCUCACAUCGAUGCUAUUCCAUAUUCCGGGAAGUAUGAUGGUGUUGUUGGUGUUUUGGGUGCCAUUGAAGCUAUCAAUGUGUUGAAAAGGUCUGGUUUUAAACCAAAGAGGUCUUUGGAGAUAAUCUUGUUCACAUCUGAAGAACCUACCCGGUUUGGGAUCAGCUGUUUAGGAAGUCGAUUACUUGCUGGAAGCAAAGAACUUGCAGAAGCAUUAAAGACAACAGUUGUUGAUGGACAGAAUGUGUCCUUUAUAGAAGCAGCUAAAUCAGCUGGGUACGCAGAAGAUGAAGACUUGUCGAGUGUGUUCUUGAAGAAUGGAAGCUACUUUGCUUUUAUAGAGUUGCAUAUCGAACAAGGACCUAUACUCGAAGAUGAAGGUUUAGAUAUUGGUGUAGUAACCGCCAUUGCUGCUCCAGCAAGUCUAAAGGUGGAAUUUGAAGGCAAUGGAGGUCAUGCUGGUGCUGUGCUUAUGCCUUAUAGGAAUGAUGCUGGGCUUGCAGCUGCAGAGUUGGCUCUAGCCGUGGAGAAACAUGUGUUAGAAUCAGAAUCAAUAGAUACUGUAGGAACUGUUGGUAUUCUGGAGUUGCAUCCUGGAGCAAUCAACAGCAUUCCAAGCAAAUCUCAUCUUGAAAUCGAUACAAGGGAUAUUGAUGAAGCGAGGAGAAACACCGUGAUCAAGAAGAUUCAGGAAUCAGCUAACGCGAUAGCUCGAAAACGAAAAGUGAAGCUAACAGAAUUCAAGAUUGUAAAUCAAGAUCCACCGGCACUCUCAGACGAACUAGUAAUCAAGAAAAUGGCAGAAGCAAGCACAGAGCUGAACUUAUCACACAAGAUGAUGAUAAGCAGAGCGUAUCAUGAUUCUCUCUUCAUGGCAAGGAUAUCUCCAAUGGGUAUGAUAUUCAUCCCGUGCUACAAAGGAUAUAGCCAUAAACCUGAAGAAUAUUCAUCUCCUGAAGACAUGGCUAAUGGAGUAAAGGUACUUUCCCUCACACUGGCCAAGCUUUCUCUAGACUGAUGCAAACCCUCGUUCCCAUCCAGAAGCUUUGCACAUUCUGUACCUGUUCUUCUCUCUUUGUUCUCAAAUGUAUCCGUGACAAUGUAAAGAAAAUUCAAUAAAUGUUGUGGCUAUAUGUCACUGUUGUUAUACAUCUUAUAUAUUAAAACAGAAGUCAUGACUUGAUAUCAUGUGUGAUUUUUAAAAAAAUGGACUG